CGACUCUAUAAAUGUAAAUGUGUUUUGGACUUUGGCUCUCCGACAUGUUCAAGAGUCCCCAAAACCCAGAGGUCCUUACGAUUCUCGCUUCCCCAUCUCUCCUCUCGCCCUUCUAUCUGUUCCAGAUAGGCAAUUUUCAGUCUAUAUCAUAUCGUCAGGAUGAGGCGCUGCUUAUCUAAGCUCAAUGACUGGCGUAUUGGGCUCAAACAAUCAAAUUUCUUACUGGUAAAUUGUGAGAUUGGAUCUUUCUGUGCCUCCAGAAAUAGUAAUGGUCAAGCCUUAUUCAGGGGAAUUGUGAAGGAACAUGCAGCAAGAAUGUAUGCCACAUCUUCUGCUACAUGUUUUGAAGAUCGGCCAAAAGAGAAUCCUGACUCUGACAUGUUAGUAGAUUCAUUUGGGAGGUUGCACACUUAUUUGAGGAUAUCAUUAACAGAGCGCUGCAAUUUACGGUGUCAGUACUGUAUGCCAGAAGAGGGUGUGGAGCUCACUUCCAGCCCUAAGCUUCUAACAAGGACUGAGAUAAUGCGAUUAGCGAAUCUUUUUGUAAGCUCUGGGGUGAAUAAAAUUCGUUUGACUGGCGGGGAGCCAACUGUCAGAAAGGAUAUUGAAGACAUAUGUUGGGAUUUGUCAAGCUUGAAGGGACUGAAGACAUUGGCCAUGACUACUAAUGGCAUAGCCCUUGCAAGGAAACUUCCUAAGCUGAAAGAAUGUGGGCUUACUUCUGUGAACAUCAGUUUAGACACUUUGGUACCAGCAAAGUUUGAGUUUAUGACCAGACGCAAAGGACAUGAAAAAGUUAUGAGUUCAGUCAAUACUGCGGUAGACCUCGGAUAUAAUCCAGUUAAGGUUAACUGUGUUGUAAUGCGUGGAUUCAAUGAUGAUGAAAUUUGUGAUUUUGUUGAGUUGACACGUGGAAAGCCAAUUAAUGUUAGAUUUAUUGAGUUCAUGCCUUUUGAUGGAAAUGUAUGGAAUGUCAAGAAACUUGUGCCCUACUCAGAAAUGUUGGAUAUAGUGGGGAAACGAUUUAUAGGCUUAAAGAGACUUCAGGAUCACCCAACAGAUACAGCCAAGAAUUUCACAAUAGAUGGGCAUCAGGGCACAGUGUCAUUCAUCACAUCAAUGACUGAGCAUUUUUGUGCUGGUUGCAAUAGAUUGAGAUUAUUAGCUGAUGGCAACUUGAAAGUUUGUUUAUUUGGUCCUUCAGAGGUUAGCUUAAGAGAUCCUCUACGACAAGGUGCAGAGGAUCAUGAGCUUAGAGAGAUAAUAGGGGCAGCGGUGAAAAGGAAGAAAGCUUCACAUGCUGGUAUGUUUGACAUAGCCAAGACAGCAAAUAGGCCCAUGAUACAUAUUGGUGGAUAAGGUGUUACAACAAAAAGAUUGUUACAUUUGAAGCGUUGGGAUGAACGGAGGCAGAUGGAGCAGCCCUGGGAAAAAGCAGCCUCAGCCAGAGUAUUGGCUAAGCUUCUCAUUAGUGGUCUUUCUCACUGUAUAUAGGAAAAAGGUCCUGAAUUUGUUCUCUUGCCCAAACUUGAUGGCUAUCCCACGAGAUUUUAUGGGCAGUGCUAUAGUCAUAGGUGUUUAGUUCAGAAGCUGGUUGAUGAUCUCACACUAAAAUGUUAUGAAGAGCUUCAAUGUUGUAAAAUACAAUUGAAACUCUGGUCUUUAUUGGAGGCAUUUGUACCAAGGUUACUUCCUCUUUAAUUUGAGUCUUCUCAAUGAAUAA